CUUGUCAUGCAUACAGCGACUCCAGUGCAAUAACUGCUGCCUAAUGUGCUGCUUAGCCAUUGCAUUGAGAGGAGACGGCCAUUAUUUAAUGCCAUAAUUUCGGCCACUACCUCAUUAAUCUCGUUCAUCAUCUAUUGAAUAACUACCUGUUUUCUAUAUAACUCGUGAAUCCAGUCGAUAUAAAUCCAAAAUGAGUUUCCACGCGAGUGCCCAAAACAUCCGCCUUGAGGACGACCACAUCCUCGUCGCCGACCUCCUGAACGAAGACGAAGAAUACGUCGAGGCCCGUUUUGACCUGAAUGAGAUCUUGGGAAAUUCCGAUGGGCAUUUUGAAUGGGAGGGAGCCGGAUUCGGCGGCAGCGCCUCGGACAUCAGUCUCGAUCUUGAGGGAGAUGAGAGUGUGCCUGUCCUUCGCGCUACAUUGGACAAUGCAGAGGGGGAGCCGGUUGAGGCGAAUGUAAACCUGGCUGAGCGGCUUGGAAAUAACAAUGGGUCUUUUGACUUUUCGUGAUAUGUUUCCCUUCAUAGUGCAGCACAUGAUAUUUGGAUGGAACUAGAUAUUCAAAUACAAACUACGACUGUAAGACUUCGCGUUGACCAGGGCUUUCUGCUUUAUACUAGAAGCUGGAUCCUUCCCGUCAAUUACACAAUUAAAACUGGCUAAGCUGUAAUCUUACCGUGGUUGACCAACCAGACAUCGUU